AUGCCCCGUUUUCCAUCCCUUCUCAUUUCAGCUGCUCAGAAUACAACAAGAGGCCUGAGGGCACCGAAACAGUAUCCACUGUCUACCAGAAUCUUCGCAAUGACAAUGGCAACGUCCUCUCACACCGUGCCUCCGCUCAAAGACAAAUCCUUGUUCAAGGAGAAUGUGGCAUUCGUUAAUGGCAAAUGGGUCAAGGCGAAGUCUGGCAAGACAUUUGAAGUCUACGAUCCUGCGUCAAUGAAACUGAUUGGUACCGUCCCUGAGAUGGAAACGGUCGACGUAAACGAGGCGAUCGAUCAUGCUGCUGCAGCGUUCAAGGAUUUUAGAAAGACGCUGCCUCGUGAACGGGCACGGAUGCUUAGAAAGUGGUAUGAUUUGAUGUUGGAAAACAAGGAGGACCUUGCGACGCUGAUAACCUGGGAAAAUGGCAAGCCUACCGCCGACGCGCUAGGGGAAGUCAACUAUGCAGCCGCUUUCCUUGAAUGGUUUUCAGAGGAGGCUCCGCGACUAUAUGGCGACACGAUACCAACAGCCGUUCCAGGGAAUCGGGUUGUCACGGUUAAACAACCGGUUGGUGUUUGCGCACUGAUAACACCUUGGAACUUCCCUGCAGCUAUGGUCACACGAAAACUUGGGCCUGCUCUCGCAGCCGGGUGCACCGUUGUUGCAAAGACACCCGGUGAAACUCCCUUCACAGCCCUCGCCCUUGGAGAGCUUGCUCAGCGAGCCGGUAUCCCGCCCGGCGUUGUCAAUUUCGUGACAGCGCUAGACCAUACACCGGCUAUUGGCCAACUGUUAUGCGAGCAUCCUACGGUCAAAAAACUGUCCUUUACAGGAAGCACAAAUGUGGGGAAAUUGUUGAUGAAGCAGUCGUCAUCCACACUCAAGAAACUUUCUUUUGAAUUGGGAGGCAAUGCUCCACUUAUUGUCUUCGAUGAUGCCGAUCUCGAAACUGCAGUCACGGGCGCCAUCGCUUCGAAGUUCAGGUCGAGUGGUCAGACAUGCGUCUGCGCCAAUCGGUUGUAUGUACAAUCGGGUAUAUACGACAAAUUUGCUGAAAAAUUUGCGGAGAAGGUCAAGGGCUUCAAGGUCGGGUCGGGAUACGAAAAGGGUAUAACACAUGGUCCCCUGAUUCAUGGAAGGGCCGUCUCAAAGGUCGAACAGCAUAUUAAGGAUGCUGUAUCGAAAGGUGGCCAGGUCCUUGUAGGUGGCCAGAGACUACCGGACCUAGGUGAGAACUUCCAUCAGCCCACGGUGAUCACUGGGAUCACGGCGGACAUGGAUAUUACCGGCGAAGAAACGUUUGGCCCCGUGGCCGGGAUAAUCAAGUUCGACUCAGAGGAGGAGGUUAUCAAAGCGGCCAAUAACGCAGACGUCGGACUCGCGGGAUACUUUUUCACCAAGGAUGUCCAAAGAGCCUGGAGAGUAGCAGAGGCUCUUGAAGGCAAGUUGAUUAUGUUUCUUUGA